GCAUCUCAGCUGCGAGCACAUCUGAUGUCCAGGACCGUCUUUCAGCCCUGGAGCUGAGAGUACAGCAACAAGAAGAUGAAAUCACUGUGCUAAAAGCAGCAUUGGCUGAUGUGCUAAGGCGUCUUGCUAUUUCUGAAGACCAUGUAGCUUCUGUGAGAAAAUCAGCACCAAGUAAAGGUCAGCCAAGCCUCCGAGAAGCAAUCUCGAUGUCCUGUAUAACUAAUGGGAGUACAGGAAGCAGGAAAACAAGCCACAGUUCAUCUGUUUCUGUUGCCAGAAAAGAAACUCUUUCAUCUGCUGCAAAAAGCGGUACAGAAAAAAAGAAGGAAAAACCUCCAGGACAGAAAGAAAAAAAAGAGGAAUCUCAUUCUAAUGAUCAAAGUCCACAAACUCAAGCAUCACCUUCUCCCCAGCCCUCCUCACAGACUCUCCAAACACACAGGCAAACUCAAGAAAGCAAGAGUUCUGCUCCAGCUAAAAGCAUAAAGAAAUCCUUGACUGCCGAAAAACCUCACAGUGCUUGGGAGAGUUCAGAUGACAGUCGUAAGAAGCUGCUGAGAGUAGCAUCAACAUCUAAAUUAAUAUCAAAAGUGGCAAAGAAUGCAGACAAGCACAAAGAUGUCAUCGUCAGCCAAGAGGGAGAAUAUAUCAAGAUGUUCAUGCGAGGUCGACCAAUCACAAUGUUCAUUCCUUCUGAUGUAGAAAACUAUGACGAUAUUAGGACAGAGCUGCCUUCUGAAAAGUUAAAACUGGAGUGGGUAUAUGGGUAUCGUGGAAGAGACUGUCGAGCCAAUGUUUACCUCCUUCCUACCGGAGAAAUUGUAUAUUUCAUAGCAUCAGUGGUGGUACUAUUUAACUAUGAGGAGAGAACUCAGCGACACUACUUGGGUCAUACAGAUUGUGUUAAAUGUCUUGCAGUUCAUCCAGACAAAAUUAGAAUUGCAACAGGACAGUUAGCUGGAGUGGAUAAAGAUGGAAGGCCUCUGCAGCCCCAUGUUAGAGUAUGGGACUCGGUGAGUCUGGUGACGCUGCAGGUUAUCGGCCUUGGGACUUUUGAGCGUGGAGUGGGGUGUUUGGAUUUUUCAAAAGCGGAUUCUGGUAUUCAUUUGUGUGUAAUUGAUGACUCUAAUGAGCAUAUGCUUACUGUGUGGGAUUGGCAGAGGAAAUCAAAAAUAGCAGAAAUAAAGACUACAAAUGAAGUUGUUCUUGCUGUAGAAUUCCAUCCAACUGAUGCAAAUACCAUAAUAACAUGUGGCAAAUCUCAUAUAUUUUUCUGGACCUGGAGUGGCAAUUCAUUAUCAAGGAAGCAGGGGAUAUUUGGGAAAUACGAAAAACCCAAAUUUGUUCAGUGUUUGGCUUUUUUGGGAAAUGGUGAUGUGCUCACUGGAGACUCAGGUGGGAUAAUACUUAUAUGGGGCAAAACUACUGUAGAAUCUACUCCAGGAAAAGGACCUAAAGGAGUAUAUCAGAUAAGCAGACAAAUCAAAGCUCACGAUGGCAGUGUGUUCACACUCUGUCAAAUGAGGAAUGGGAUGCUGCUAACUGGAGGUGGGAAGGACCGAAAGAUCAUCCUGUGGGAUCAUGAUUUGAAUCCUGAAAGGGAAAUUGAGGUUCCUGACCAGUAUGGAACAAUCAGAGCAGUAGCAGAAGGAAAAGGAGAUCAAUUUUUAGUGGGUACUUCACGAAACUUUGUUUUGCGGGGAACGUUUAAUGAUGGUUUCCUAGUAGAGGUACAGGGACAUACAGAUGAACUCUGGGGACUGGCAUCCCAUCCUUUCAAAGACUUAUUUUUAACAUGUGCCCAAGAUAGGCAAGUUUGUAUGUGGAACUCUGUGGACCACACACUGGAAUGGACCAGACUGCUAGAUGAACCGGGGCACUGCGCUGACUUCCAUCCCAGUGGAGCAGUGGUUGCAAUAGGAACGCACUCGGGCAGGUGGUUUGUUUUGGAUGCAGAAACGAGGGAUCUGGUUUCAAUACACACUGAUGGCAAUGAACAGCUUUCAGUGAUGCGCUACUCAGUAGAUGGCACCUUACUUGCAGUUGGAUCCCAUGACAACUUUAUUUACCUCUACGUAGUAACUGAAAAUGGAAGAAAGUAUAGCAGAUAUGGAAAAUGCACUGGACAUUCCAGCUAUAUUACACACCUUGACUGGUCCCCGGACAACAAGUAUAUAAUGUCAAACUCAGGAGACUAUGAAAUACUAUACUGGGACAUUCCAAGUGGCUGUAAGCUAAUCAGGAAUCGUUCUGACUGUAAGGAUAUAGAUUGGACUACAUACACUUGUGUGCUAGGCUUCCAGGUGUUUG